AUGACCGGUCGCCAACCCACUACACUCGGCGUCUCUAUCACCUUCUUCGUGAUCGCGAGUGUUUUCGUGGCCCUACGAUUUAUCUCACGUAUCUUCGUGGUGAGGAGGGUCGCGUUACACGAUUAUUUGAUACUGCUAGCAUGGGUGAGUGGCCCCGGGGCGCCCACAUAUGCUCAUCGGAAAGCUGCAGCGCCCAUGGACCCGGGUUGGAUGCGCAAGGACGUCCUGUCAUCCACCGGUCAUCUCAUCGACUUUGGUUUCUCGUUCGCAUUAUUCUACGCGACCCGCAACGGACUCGGUUUACACUCACGCGACAUCCUUCCCGAGAAUGAGGCCGCCCUCAACAAGGCCAAUUAUGUCUUCACCGUUCUCUACAAUCCGGCGCUCAUGGCUGUCAAGACAUCAAUCCUUGUUUUUUAUUUGACCUUGACACGCAAUCAAAAGGUGUACCGAUGGGCAAACUACGUCACUCUCGGAGUCGUCAAUGCGGCUGGCUUUGCGUUGACCAUGAUCAAUGUGUUUCAAUGUCGACCAAUAUCUGCCGCAUUACUCACCAGCCUUCCAUCCUAUGCGCAUUGUACCGACAUCGUCACGCUAUACCUGUCUUCAUCCCCCGUCAACAUUAUUACCGAUUUGGCGAUCCUUUUCCUCCCAAUGCCGAUCCUCACACAAAUGCGCCUACCAAAGAAGCAGAAAAUCAUUUUGGUCAUUACAUUCAGUUUUGGUUUUUUCGUGGCAAUCGUUGAUGUUAUUCGAAUUGCGUUUCUUCAAGAAGCCGCUAUCUCUCGCAAACUAGCUGUAAAGUCCAUUCACAUCCAGAAUGUUGGGGCUGAAGACUUCAGCUGGUAUGCAUCGCUUUCAUUCAUGUGGUCUGUGGUCGAAGUCAAUGUAUCCAUUAUCUGUGCCUGUGUCCCCAGUCUCAAGCCUCUUGUCACUCGCCUCUUGCCAAAGUUGAUCAAAGAUUCCGACGACCCAUCGGACCCUACAACAAUUCGUUACGCGAACGGAGAUGCCACUAUCCCUCUACCUGCUCCGAUUGCCAUGCCAGACUCCGGGAUGCCUUCUCCAAACUCAAGUCCACAUGAUAGCAAUGGAAGCAAAGCCUCCCCAGGGAGGAGGGAGAGUAAUUCCACCCACCGCCGAAACUCCAAUGUACCGAUCACUUUGAUGGACAUGCUGGGUCAUCCUGAAACAGGUCCGAAUGAUACAGAAUCCCACACCCAGACCGGCUCGUCUUAUCCAAACAUUACCUUUUUUGACUUUGUCAACAUGAAGAAUCCCCACAGCAUGCUCAAGCUAAACAAUAAAGAAUCGAUCACACCCAUUGCGCUCACCACGCUUCUUUUCUUCCUGUGGGGUUUCGCAUAUGGCUUGCUCGAUAUUUUGAAUACUCAAUUCCAGACCAUCGUCAAUCUGGACUCUUGGCAUUCUCUUGGAUUGCACGGCGCAUAUUUUGGUGGAUAUGUUGUUGGACCGUUACUUGUUGGUCGUCCGGUCUUGAAGAUAUGGGGAUUCAAAUCUACGUUUAUCACCGGGUUGUGCAUCUAUGCCUGCGGAAGCCUAAUAUUUUGGCCCUCUGCGGUUCUUACUUCCACGGCCGCGUUUACGGUCUCCAAUUUUAUCGUCGGUUUCGGUCUCGCCGUCCUGGAGACUGCUGCGAAUCCGUUCAUCGCAUUGUGUGGUCCACUGGAAAACUCCGAGAUUCGCUUGAAUAUCUCACAAGGUGUGCAAGCUGUUGGAAGCGUUCUGUCCCCUCUUCUAGCAAAGAAGGUGCUCUUCAAGGACGUCCAAGACGUUGCAUCUUUGGUGGACGUUCAGUGGACAUAUCUUGGUAUUGCUUUGUUCGAUGUGCUUCUCGCAGUAGCUUUUUAUUACAUGCCCAUCCCAGAGGCCUCCGACGACGACCUGGAAGAGUUGGCAAACCGCCGUCUCGAGGAUAAUAUGACCAAGGUCAUGGGUAUUCCAGUUGUCUGGCUAACUCUUGGCUUGGGAAUUUGGUCUCAAUUCUUCUAUGUGGCAGGCCAAGAAGUCGUUGCGACCAGCCUCGGACGCUAUGUCAGUGCUGUCAAUACCAAUUCAUCACUCGACGCUUUCGAUAUCCUUACCAUUGCUCACACUGUGUUUGCAGUGGGUCGUUUUCUUGCUGCCUUUGCUCAGUGGUUCUUGAAGCCGCGCUGGAUCCUCAUGGUUUCCUACAUUGGCAUGAUUGUCUUUUCAGUCCUUUGCAUGAAUACUACCGGAUCUACCGCCAUCGUCUUCUUGAAUAUGAUCUACCUAUUUGAGAGUGGCGCUUUCAGCAUUAUCUUUGCUAUUUCUCUCCGUGGUACCGCGCGGCAUACCAAGACAGCUGCCACUUUGCUCACGGUCGGCAUUAGCGGUGGCGUCUAUUUCCCAUUCGCAGAGUAUGCCGCAUACAAAGCACACAGCAUGCCAUACUCAUUCUGCGUCAUCGUCGCUCUCUUUGCCGCUGGUUCCAUUUUCCCGUUGUAUCUCAAUAUGGUACCCGCAGUAAAGAAGCAAGUCGAUCCAGUACCGAACGAAUACCUACGCCGUCAUCGCCGCCGCAGUCGCGCACCAAUCGAAAUGCGACGCGAGAAGGAGAAUCGCUCUGUUGGAGGUGUCUUGUCACGCCGACGGAGUGUAGUCACCAACCCGGAUGAUCUACCUGAUUUCCAAAUUCCAGGGGAAACAUGCCAUCCACCCAUGCCUCAUAAUAUCACCACUUCCAAGUCCAGCUCAAGCUCUCACGUCAAUUCUCAAUACUCCCACGAUUCCUCAAAACACCGACAUUCCCCAAUCCCUGAGUGA